AUGCCUUCGAUUAUCAAUUCGACGAGGUCUGUGUGGAAUGAAUUUGAGUUUCCUAAGUUUCAGAUUGAAAUAGGCGAGACCGCCUCUAUGAUCGCGUCUGUCCAGGAGCGAGACCGGCUCUCGAGAAAAAAAUUGGUUGAAGUUCUUCUCCAAUUUCGGAAUUCUGCCCCAGAGGAAGUUAGGAAAGCUGCCGCAUCGGUGCUGAAAAGCUUUCAGGCAGAAGUUGACAGACUUACUGCUAGAAGUCAAAAGGUCGAGGACGCGUUUAUCCAAGUCUAUCAGCGUCUUGCGGAGAUGCCAGACCCUUCGCUGGCUCUGGCGGAGACGGAAUCUAUAAGCAAAGAGGCUCAACGUGCCUCUGAUCUGAAACUUGAAAACGCCAGACUUCGGGAAACCAUUGAAGGGUUGAAGGGGGAACUCCACGUCGCCAAAUCAAAAGGACCCCCUUUUCACAAAGGAAAAGAGGAUGAGGAUGAGGAACGUCGGAAUGAGAAGGUGGAGAAGUUGCAAAUCCUCCUUGAUGAAGCCAACGCUCGCUCCUCCGAGGCCGAGUCAAAGAUCAAGUACCUUACUGAGGCUAUGAAGGAGGCUGAAGCUCGUGCCUCUCAUUUGGAAUUAGAUCUUGAAGAGCUGAAGAUGGCAAGAUCCAAACAAGUGCAGGGUCUCCUCGAUGAACUGGAAAAGGCCAAUGAUACGAUUGCAACUCUGGAGGAAUCUAAGGUGACAGAGGCUCAAAUGGAACGGGAUGGAGGAAGUACCAAAGCCCCUGAUGGCAAGGAGAUCAUUGAGCUGCAAAACCGCAUCGAAGAGCUUGAUUCCGAGCUUGAAGCGAAGGCUAUGGAAGCUGACAAUCUUAAGUUGCAACUGCGGACGCUGGAAAUGCAACUUAAAACGGAGAUUUCAAACCUACAACAGAGUCUUGAGUCGACGAAUUCGGCCUUGGCAUCAGCUAGUAACGCUCUGGCCUUGGCUGAGGCGGAACUCCAAAGCAAAAGCGAUUACGAUGCGAUUAAGAAAGAAUUGGAAGUGCUACGAUCCAUUGAAUUCCAACAAGGAGACAGCGAUCCGCAUAUGUUGAUGGAUGAACCAUUGGAAUUUCGGCUUCGUAGAAAGAAUGAUCAACUACAAAAUAAGAUCGCCAGUAUUAGUUUGGAAAAAGACCGAAUUGAGUCUGAAUUGAUGGCCCUACAGAAGAUGAAUGCUGAUAUGGCGGAGCGAGAAGCACAACAGAAGGCGUUGAUAGCUCGUCUGGAGGAGGAUCUUGAUCGGGCCAGCACUUGGCAUCAUCUGCAAAAGCAGCAACAACUCGAUACUGCUUCCAUUACCGCUAAUGGCGAUGAGGUGAUGGGAUCGGCUUUAUCCUUGACCAACCUCCUUUCCGAUGAGGAGGAUAAAGGCACCCCAGCUGAAGCCUCCAUCCUUGACAUCGUUCAAAACCAACGCGAUCGACUGAGAGAACAAAACCGCAAGCUUGAAGAGAAUCUUCUGGCCAUGCGACAACAAGUAAUGAAGUCGCAGGCAGAGGUGGAGUCUCUCCGUCAGGACAACAUCAAGAUGUACGAAAAGAUUCGAUUCGUUCAGACCUACUCUCCCUCUACCAUCUCCAGUUUAGACCGCGAUGACGCGGUUCUGGCACGUUACUCUAUCGCCUACGAGGAGCGUCUGAAUCCCUUCAGGCAGUUUGCCCAGCAGGAGCGACAGCGUCGCUAUCGCGCCUUGCUACCGCACGAGAAGAUCAUGCACAAUCUCGGCAGAAUUAUAAUUAGUAACCGCGGUGCCCGUCUUGCGACCUUUGGCUACGUUAUAGUGAUGCAUCUCUUAGUUUUUCUGGUGCUCUACAAGAUGGUCACUGCCACGGAUCCUGUUUUCCCUUCAGUCCAGGAUCCUAACGGCGGUCGACCGGACCAAUAG